GUCACAUGUCAUGUGAAAGUCUCAUGUUUGAAGAACAAAAGUAUUAUAACACACAAAAGGCCUUCCACCAAAUGAUAAUCUUUCUCUGUUCUUUUGUGUCAAAAAGUAGCUAAGUAUGUUAGUGAUAAUAUGUGUCAAUUUUAAGUUUGAUAAAUACUUUUUGAAGUUAUCUGCUGGAAUUCCAUUUUUACACUGAUAAGGAUGCCAUCACCUUUGUUUACAACUGGUCAGAUCAUCAACAGAUGAGUUACAAUAUCUUACUUUUAGAAAAUCUUGGUGGUUUAAUUUCAAAAAUUUGAGUCACAAUAUGUUGCCAAAGUCAGGUUACAGAAGAGCCAUGCCAAUCUUAUACAGUGUUGUAGCAAGGGGGACAACAGUAUUAGCCAAGUUUGCUUCUUGUGCUGGAAACUUUGCAGAGGUUACAGAACAAAUUUUAAGUAGAAUUCCACCAGAGAAUUCCAAACUUACUUACACUCAGGGAAACUACCUGUUCCACUACAUAUCAGAGGACAGAGUCAUCUACUUGUGCAUUACAGAUGACGAUUUUGAAAGGUCCAAAGCAUUCCUCUACUUGACAGAGAUUAAGAAACGUUUUCAAAGUGCAUAUCAUGGACGUGCUCAAACAGCAUUGCCUUAUGCUAUGAACAGUGAAUUUUCGAGGGUCCUUUCAGCUGAAAUGAAAAGAUUUUCUGAUACUGGACGUCAGGCAGAUAACCUGUCUAAAGUGCAAGGAGAACUUGAUGAGCUUAGAGGAAUUAUGGUGAAAAACAUUGAUACUAUUGCACAAAGAGGAGAACGUUUGGAACUCUUGAUUGAUAAAGCAGAGGACCUCAACACCACAUCACUCACUUUCAAGAAAUCAAGUAAAGGCCUGGCCAAAGCUAUGUGGUGGAAGAAUGUCAAAAUUACUGUUAUACUUGUUGUUGUUAUCAUUUUGGUUCUCUACUUCAUCAUAUCAGCAGCCUGUGGAGGACUGGCCUGGGGUGACUGCGUUCACAAAAAAAAAAACAAUUGAUAAAUGAUCACUUUGCUCCAAAUGCAUUGUGAUUUUACCAAACUCAUUUAUAGGUAGGAAUCUGAAGCAAACCUGAAAAAAAUUCCAAAUUGUUUUGUUACCAAGAAUUUGAUGAGAUGUGUAUAUGAAAGUCAGCUUACUAAAACGAGGUGCCUGUAAAUACCUCCAGAGAAGUCACACAAGUUGUCAAAAAGGUUCUUGUUGCUUCACUGUCUGAUGAGCAGAAAUAUCUAACCCCUUUGGGUUUGAAAAUUUUGUAGCUAGAAAAUCAUCAUUGAGCAAUUUUACAAAUAUGAAGCCUGUUUGUUUUUGUUGCCCCAUUUCAGAUUAUGUGAUGCUGCUGAAAGGAGGGGCUCUUUUAUCCCUUUAAAAACAAUACUAUUGCACAAACCCAAGCAAUAAUAAUUUGUGAACUUAUCAUUGUGUUGACGUAGUCUUCUUGGGGUAUUACAAAACAAUCAAAGUUAUAAAAAUAUUUUUUCUGUAUAAUUUUCUUAGCUCCUGAACUAUUUAAAUGAAUUAGUGUGUUCCUCUGGUUGAGAAAUACUAUCAUGAGUACAUUGAUGGUCUAGUUCCACCCAGCCCAAUUUUCCCUUUCCCCUACCUGAUUUAUGCUACCCACACUCACUUUAUGCUUGAGUUCCAAAUAAAAGGAAAAUAAAAUUGCUCAAUGGCCGGAAAUAAAGACUUUGAACAAAAACUGUAAAGAAAUUUAUUAAUAAUUUUUCUUUCCAUGUCAGUUUUAGUCAGCAAUUAGAUAUGACCAAAGAUGGAGUUGAUCUAAAACAAAAGUGCAAAAUAGUUACUAGACAUCUUGUUACCAGUAUCAUAACUAUACUGUUAUAACAUUUGUAAACAAGUUUGAUUAAAGAAGAGAGAGUGAAAAGUUUUUCCUCAA